GUCGUUGGUUCAGAGUUUCAGACUGAUUAUAUGUUUGUAUUCGGAAGCGAUACAAACAAUUUAACAUCGUUUAAAAUAAAUCAUGCCUUCUCGAAGCGAAGAUAUUUUAAAAGGUUUUCAAGUAAACUGGAUGAAUUUACGAGAUGCUGAUAACGGUAAAAUAUUGUGGCAAGCAAACGAUGAUUUGUCCGUGCCUGAAGUAGAACACGAAGCAAGGGUGCCUAAAAAGAUUCUAAAAUGUCGAGCAGUGUCGCGGGAAAUUAAUUUCAGUUCUGCCGAACCGAUGGAAAGAUUUAGGUUAGAACAGAAAGUGUUGUUUAAAGGACGCUGCCUGGAGGAAUGGUUUUUCGAAUUCGGUUUUGUAAUACCUAACAGUACAAACACAUGGCAAAGCGCUUUUCAAGCAGCACCCGAAAGUCAAAUGAUGCCUGCCGAUGUGUUAAAUGGUAACGUUGUGAUAGAGACAAAGUUCUUUGACGACGAUUUAUUGGUCUCUACGAGCAAAGUCCGUCUGUUCUAUAUCUAAACGUUUUCAUUUUAUCCUGACAACGGGUCCAAACAAAUGUGUUUCAAUGUGCACUCAGGAUGGAAUACUAGAAACAAUAAUUUUAAGUAAAGUUUGUAUCUAGCAUUUUACUUUAUGCACCUACUGUGAUACGCAUGUGCUAAAUGUAAUUCCACAAAGACCUGACAGCGAGAGCACCGUUUCUGCUUAAAAUGAAGUCGACGAAGACUCGUGGUAACACUAAAAACGUGAGACACCUUUAAAGGCACAAUGCAUCUUUAUUUAUUAA